CUUGCCAUUCGGAGCAUGCGCACCGACUGCGGGCGGCUGGGAAGACCUAAGAGGCAGAAAGGCGCACGGCCACUGACAUGCAUUCACUUGCCUCUUCGCAUCCUAGGACAUGACACAAGUGGCACAUCCCGGCCAUGGGGUCCCAGCAUUCUGCCUCUGCUCACCCCCCUUCCUGCAAGAGAAGGAAAGCAGAUGACAGAGAGGACUUGCUGGCCGAACGGGAGCAGGAAGAAGCCAUUGCUCAGUUCCCAUAUGUGGAGUUCACUGGGCGAGAUAGCAUCACCUGUCUCACUUGCCAGGGGACAGGCUACAUUCCAACAGAGCAAGUAAAUGAGUUGGUGGCUUUGAUCCCACACAGUGAUCAGAGAUUGCGUCCUCAAAGAACUAAGCAAUAUGUCCUCUUGUCUGUCCUGCUCUGUCUCCUGGCAUCUGGUUUGGUGGUUUUCUUCCUGUUUCCACAUUCGGUCCUCGUGGAUGAUGAUGGCAUCAAAGUGGUGAAAGUCACAUUUAAUAAGCAGGACUCCCUUGUAAUCCUCGCCAUCACGGCCACCCUGAAAAUCAGAAACUCCAACUUCUACCCAGUGGCGGUGACCAGCCUGUCCAGCCAGGUUCAGUACAUGAACACCGUGGUCGGGUCGUACUUGACCUCCAACGCCUCCCUCAUUCCACCGCGGAGCGAGCACCUGGUGAAUUUUACUGCGAAGGCUGAGAUGGGAGGACCAUUUUCCUAUGUGUAUUUCUUCUGCACUUUGCCCGACAUCCUGGUGCACAACAUAGUGGUCUUCAUGCGGACUUCAGUGAAGAUUUCCUACAUUGGCCACAUGACCCAGAGCUCCUUGGAGACACAUCACUAUGUGGAUUGUGGAGCCAAUUCCACGGCUGUUUAGAAACUGGCCUUGGUUUUUCCAUGGCAGUACCUGUCAGAAGAGACAGCAGCGCCUGGGCCUGAGCUCUAUACCUACCCCAGGUGGUGGAACUGGGGGAGAAAUUGGUUCUCUCAAUCCCCAGAAAACACCCUCCUGCCCCUUGGGAGGAAAACUCCUUUCUGUAGCACAGUGUACGCUUCUCAGAACCAGCAGGAUCACUGCCUAGUGCCUAGCAUGUGCCCAGCAAAUAGUAGGCACUCGGAGGUUUGAAGAGGUUAAUUGAGAUCUUUUCAGCUGUUCUCGGGGCAUUAUAAAUUCAGAUCAUACCGUGAUUCUCGGUUAUCAGUGACAUGGAAAUAGGACUGUCAGGGCCUCAUCACAGAAGAGGCAGCAGGAAAGGAACAUUUGAAUACAUAAAAGAAGAAAGCACAGACCAUUCAAUAUGUGCAAAUGAUCUGCUCCCAGAUGCCUAGGAACUUUAUUAAAACUUAUUUUUUUCCUGUAGGAAGUUAUAACUGUUUAUACGAGGAGUCUAUGUGGGGCGUGAUUUACCCUUCAUGCAUAGGCUGGAACAUAGAUUAGUGAAUUUGCUAGAAAAAUAAACCCUGCUUUUGAUUCA